UCAUGUAUUCCUGUCAUGUACUGUCCGACGGCUGUGUUCAAACCCUGGGCGCUUUUUUAGGGCUCCAGUGGUCUUUUCUGCCCUCUCCAUGUGGAUCGUGUAUAAAGAAAUAGAUUAAAUUGGAUGGCCGAGCUCAAAUCUUUCUUGGAUGUUUUUUUUUUAUGCGGUUAUUUCAAGGGCUCGCUUCCAAGCAAGCUCACACAUUCUGUGAGGCGAGCCGUGUAAAAACCACACAAGUGUGUCGACGACAGUUUCUGCACGGAAACAGCCCAGAUAACGAAAAUGAGACCCUAAAGGAGGGAUUGCAGUUCUGGGAGAAGGAGUCGGGAGCAGGAGGAGAUCGGGGACAGACAGAUCGUGUUGGACACACGCUUCCCUGUGAAGUGACUGCAGAGAUAAAAGGAGUGUCCAGAAAAGCGCUACAUAAGUACGUCCCUCCCUCCGCCUUCUGGUACUGGAUCUUCAUUGUCAUCCCGGCGGUGGUGGCUGGGCUCCUCCUCCUCCUCCUCUGCUCCCGGCCGCUUCUGCUCUGUUGGCGGGGGGCAGCCAACCCCCUCUGCCCCGGGGGCCAGGAUCUCGACACCCAGAAGCCUCUGCCGCCCUGGAAGAACCGCCGAGCUCCGGGCGGGAGGGGGACAGACGAGCCGGACCGGAACUGGAGACCGCCCAACUCGGAACCGCAGAGCCGGGAGGAAGACGGCAGCCUGGAGGAGGAGGAAGAAGAGAACCGGUCUCAGACUCCCGCCCCCCUGCUCGGCCACCGCGCCGGAGAGCUGGAUGAGUAGGGCAGGGAGACCCCUCCCCGAAGGGGAGGACCCCGACACCCUGUCGUCCAUCUUGGACUGCUCUGACAUUUCGAAACAUCGUUAAGCUCCCCCUGCUGUCCUCCUACCUCUCCUCCUUUAUUGAAUGCUAAUAGACUAUAGAUAUAUACUAAUACAAGUUGAGAAUCCCUCAUCCAAAAUUCCUGGGACAAGAAAGUGUUGCGGAUUUCGGAUUGUUUGGGAUUGCGGAAUAUUUUCCUAUUUAAAAUGGGACAGCGUUGCGGGGGGAUAGGACCCACGUCGAAACGCGAUAUCCAUUUACAUUGCCUGAGAUAAAUCAGUGAGCCGGAACGUUCCGGAUUUGGGAGGGUUUCGGAGUUUGGGAAUUUCGGAUAAAGGAUUUUCACGUAGUUUUAUAUGCAGUUUUAAUCAUUACAACUGCAGCAGGUCCGAGAAACUUAAAGGGGGAGGGUACGCCGUCGAUUAAAUCACUGCGAGCCAGAACGUUCCGGAUUUGGGAGGUUUUCGGAGUUUGGGAAUUUCUGAUAAAGGAUUUUCAUGUAGUUUUAUACGCAUUUUUAAUCAUUACCACUGCAGCAGGUCCGAGAAACUCGAGGGAGAGGGUACGUCGUCGAUGACAUCACUGGGAGCCGGAACAUUCCGGAUUUGGGAGGUUUUCGGAGUUUGGGAAUUUCGGAUGACGGAUUUUCGUGUAGUUUCAUUUCGUGUUUAAUCAUUACAACUGCAGCAGGUCCAAGAAACUUAAAGGGGGAGGGUGCGCCGUCGAUGACAGCACUGGGAGCCGGAAAGUUCCGGAUUGGGGAGGUUUCCGGAGUUUGGGAAUUUUCGGCCUGGAUUCGUGCCUGACCUGGUCCUGAGUGAGUGUGACAUUUCCCAAAGAGCUGAAAGGCAGGGGGGGGAGAGCAUUAUCAGAAACAGGCAGGGCGCCAUCUGUGGAAGUAUAUCAUGUGUGGUUCUAGUACAAAUGAAAUGGUCAGUCAUGAACUGCCAUUCACAGUCACAAGGUGACCAGUGCUGUACCUGAACUGUAAAAAUAAUAAUUGCUGACACUUAUAGCACUUUUCUGGACCCUCCACUCAAAGCACUUUAUAGGA